ACAAGUGCUAAUUAAUUAAUUCAAUUAAAACAUGGGUCAGGGAAGAAGCAGUGCAAGCAUUAUUCUAAUGUUACUAUGUAUUUUGGUGUUUCAUUCUAUGAUGAUUCAUGGAGACACAUACACUGUUGGUGAUGACAAAGGUUGGUCUUUUGGUGUUGAAAAUUGGACUGCAGGAAAAACAUUCAAGGCAGGUGACAUACUCGUAUUCAAGUAUACUCCUGUGAUACACAACGUGGUGGUAGUGGAUGAAUCUCACUACAAUAAAUGUUCUGGUCUUGGAGGAUUGAAGUAUUAUUUUUCUGGAUCAACUAAUAUUACACUUGCAAAGGGAGCUAACUACUUCUUAUGUGGUACUCCAGGCCACUGCGGCUUUGGGAUGAAAAUUGCAGUCAAUGCUAAUUAAUCUCUUUAAUGUAAUAAAUUUCAAAAUAAUUCAUGUUUUUUUUUUGUUUGACAAGAAUAAUUCAUGUUCUUAAAAAUGAUAGAUCAGUC